UGUAUCCCCCUUGAAAUGUUUUCGAGAAUGUUAUGCCGAUCGUUGCCAGGGCUACUCUGCUCUUCUGAUCUUGACAUCAGCUAAAUGUGCUUUUAAAAAGAAAAAAAACAAAGAAAUCAAGUGACACUGUGCACUCUGUGGAAUACGAUAUUUUUGACAGACUGUGGGUUGCAACAAUACAAUUUUUUUUCUUUCCUUUUUUUUUUAACGAUAAGAAUGGCCGAAAAAGACGACAGUGCCUGGGUCUUCGAUUCACUGGUGGGUUUCCUGCAAGGUCCCAUUUGGUCAGCGCCACUGUUAACGUUUAUCGAAGAGAAAUCAUUGAUUUUCGAGCCUGGAACAAAGGACUGCAAGGAGUACCGCGACUCGUAUCAAGAGUACAAGAAUUUAGUUGACCUGCUUCUCGGCUGUUACAUGGAAGACAUGGGGAUCUCGACGGAGCAAUUUGAACGAGCUUGCACUUUAAACAAGAUCACGCGAGUUUCCUUGCAAUUCCAGCAGGUAAUGACGAAAAAAACGAUAAAUAAAUUUUUUUUAAAGUCCCAAGUCACGUUGUGUCGCCACAAUUUUCAGACCCUCUUCGAGCAGAUCUGGGCGGCGAACGACUACGAGGUCUUCAAGCGCAUGAUGAUCCAAAAAAAUCUCGAACUUCAGCUGCAAGCUCUCAAGCUGUUGGAGCAAAAGUUCGGCCUCACGUCCAGUACCAGCGCCAACGACACGUCGGACGACAAUAGCGAGAAUUUAGACGACGAUGAAGUGCCGAUGGAAGAGCUUCUUCACGUUGAAACCCAAGCGAGUAUCGAAAAGGCAGACGUCGAUGUGGACAAUAGGGAAGAAGAAUCGAUGCGCCAAGAGCACGAGAGACUCGCCGCCGAGUACAGAAACGAGAGCAAUCUGUUCAAGGAGGCGCUUCGAAAAUCCACGGCAGACGACUCACCCAUCCUCGAGGAGGACGAAGAAGCUGCCGAGCUUGUUGACGAACAAACGAGUCAGGAAGUCCUUGCAGGGUGUAAAAUCCUACCGACCAGUAACGAAGGGUUUAACAUCAAACCGAAAAAAGAGGCGAACGAGGUGGAUGUCCGCAAGCGGCAGCUGUACCUCAAGGCCCAGCGCGACAAGCUCGUGGCCCUGAAAAAACGCACUCGCAGCCGGAGACUCCAAGCAGCGGAUAAAGCAGCAGCGACGGCAGCAGCUUCGGCCCGACCGAGUUCCGCGCGGGUAUUCGCCGAGGCCACAGUCGAGGGCGAUCUCAAUAAGGCGCAUCAGGCGACGAUGACGGCGACGGUUGAUCCGGCUGUUCUCCAAGUGCGUCGAGCUUUGGCGGCUCGAUUGAAGGCCGAGGUUGUGCAAAAGUGAGCUUCGUCGCCAAACUUCGUUCUUAGUUUUAUAUUUAAUACGUUAUAAUAGUAUUCCUUGUAAAACUUUUACUUACAAAUAAUCUGAUAUUCUGAUAAUCUAACAUAGAGACAUUGGUAAUUUAAUCAUCGGUAGAAUAGAUGGGUGGUGGUGGUGUUCGGUUCUGUGUAUCUAUAUUUCCGUUAUUUUCAAUCAUUUAUUAUGUUUAUAUUACCGUAGUAACAAUUGGAAAAAUAAUAAUGCCCUUGUUUGAAUGUCCUGUGUAAGCGUGUGUUUGAAUUUGAAAAUGUAUGUAUAUAUUGAUGCACGCAGGCGUAUAUUAUAUGUAUAGCGUGUAUGUGA